GCCGCCCUGUGCUGACGUAAUAACAGGAAAACAGCAUAGCGCAUGCGCAGCGUGCUGCAAGCUUCGGCAGGUUCGGACACGAGUAGCGAUAGUCCUCAGUGUCUGUGUCGUACGACGAGUCGGCGAUAUCGCAAAACAAUGUCUGCACUACGGGAGAUAGUAACUGCAGUGACUUCUGCUCCUGAUGGGUCUGCUGCAGUGAAAUACAAUAAGGGAGCACACAAUACAGGAGAGGGGGACCGAUACGAGGAGAGGGUGCUGGCCCUGGUGUUCCUCCGCUGCCUGAGGCGCGGGCUGAUCUUCCAAUUGUCUGCCAACAACGGGGAUGCAGGCAAGUUCGACGAUGUGGUCCUGGUGUGGCGACCUAAGGGACACCCUGAAGCGCGCAUCAUGUUCAUCCAGCUGAAGCACAAGAAAUCCGCGUUCAUCCACAGUAGCGCAUUGUUGUCUGAGGCCCAGAACUGCGACUUUGGGAUCAGCAAGUACUGCACCUCCUACAGAGAAAUUAGGGAGUCACUCGAGAGGGGCAGACUCACAUUCGUCUUGCUGACGAACGCCUCUCUGGGUGACAGCAGCCUCAGCUUGUUGGAACGCCAAGAUGUGGACAGCACUCCAGAACUGGAGCUGCUACAGGCUGGUGGCAACAUGUACAGGCUCAACCCAAACAACGAACAGGUGUGGAAAGCAGUGGGAGAGAACACUGGCUUCGUGGAGAAUUUCUACUUGCUGUGCCAGCAGAGGAAUUCCGUCCAAAUAUUGAGUGACAUUGACAAGGAGCUGGAAGAGUUGCUGGGCGCUGGUGACCUAUGCAGAUCCAUCAGUGACAGUUUGUGCGAGAGCAUUAGGAAGUGGAUGAACAAGCGUAAGGGAGAGUGUUUGACGAGUGCUUGGAGCGGUUGGCAGGCACUUGUAGACAAAUACGUCAGGACACAGGUGACCGGGUGCAAAGCGUUGACUACCAGACUCGAGUACCGCAGUGUGGCAGAUAUUCGAGACCAUGUGGAGUCCUGUAACCCAGCGUGGGUGAGGCCUCUAGAAAGAGGAACAGCGGCUCUCUCUGCUACAAAGAUCCACCAAGCACUGGUUCACGAGACACACAUCAUGGUGGAUUUGGAGCGGUUUCCAGACCUCCGGCACCAAAUUCUCUGCUGUUGGGGCCCAUUUUGCCGAUGGCUGGUGCUUGUAGACAGCGAAAAAGACUCUGACAUAUUGUCUGAGCUGGCGGCCCAGAUAGAAAAUGAACGCCGCCUCAUCAUUGUGUCGCCGAGGGAAAAUAAAGGCUUCGAGGACACCUUCGAAACAUCUGAUGUCAGCGAUAAAAGUUGGAAUGAGCUUCUGGAUGUCAAAGUCAGACUAAACGGGGACCGCUACGAAUGCCGCCUGCGGGACCACGUGGCAGAUGUCGAUGCCCUUAAAUCGCUUCUGGACGGCAAGCCGACAUUCUUGCUGGCUCUGGCUCUGGCGCAGCUGUCACAGCCUCUGAGGAUGGGCCGGGAGCUGGAAACGCUGCCCGCCUACUACGUGCCCAGGAAGCUGGUGGACCGUCGUCUGGUGACAAACCAGUUCUUCUCGUCUCUGGGGCGCUGGGAUGUGUGCGUCAUCGACAGCGCAUCCUAUGGGGCACUGUCAUGUAAAAUAGGCAUACAUUCGGUCACGAGUUUUGCGCAGAUGAAAAGUUGGUUCCGCACUCCAUCCAAAUUCGAUUGGCCACUAAUUGUGUUAACUGAGGAGCUGGAGAGUAUUCGUGAAGCUGCCAGAACAUGGCCAGUUUUGAAAAUCUAUGUAUUACAGUUUUCUAACAAGAAAUGGAAGAUUGUUUACUAUUUUGGGCAUCCUGACAGGAUUGGAGAGCACAGAAUCAAGCAGAAGGUAGAGCAGUAUAAGGCAUUAGACACUGCGAGCAAUACGGUAAUUGUAGAGGGGAGGCCCGGAGUGGGCAAGUCGAAGGUGCUGUCACAUGUGGCGGAGCAAAUAAAAGAGAGGGACCCUGCCUGCUGGAUACUGAGAAUUAAUCUGUUGGAGUUUUACACAGUUUUAGAUAACAGUGGCAGUUCUGUAGAAGACAUCUUGAGGGCAGCAGUCUUUAACAAGGACGAGCUGGCCAGACUGGAGUGCGCACUGCUUCGCCACAGCCUGCUGCGGUCCCCGCGAGUCGUCUGCCUCGUGGACGGCUUCGACGAGGUGUGCCCGGAUUACGUCGACAAGUGUACCGAAGUGCUGCCUCUCGUGGCACCACGCAGGGGAAAGCUCCUGGUGACGACGAGGCCAGCAGCGUUGAAGGUCUUGGCGGCGCGGAUGGGCGUGUUGGCGCACUCGCUGGAGCCUUUCAGUGACUCAGAGCUGAAAGAAUUCUUCACACUCCACCCGCUGAGGGGAAACAUUCCACCCAUCGCCGGUCUCAACAAGAGCUUAAGGGAUCUUCUGAGAAUCCCUCUCUUCGCCGAAAUGUUCGUAAAUCUGUCACAGGAAGUAGCUGAGACAUGGGACAUUGUGAUUCUGUACGAAACUUUCUUCCGAAAUAAUUUCAGAAGGCUUUACGAGGAGAAAUUGUGUCAAAACUUUUCUGUUCCCGGGAAGAAGGCAGAGGUCGAGGAGAAGCUGAGGAAGCACGAGGCACAGUUGAUGGCUCUCGCAGAAUCAGUUCUAUCGCACACUGCGGCUGUACCGACAAAGCUGUCGUUCGAUACGGACUACUUUGUGAAAUCUGGAAUCGUGUACCAGUUCACCAACGGGAAACCCGCAUUCCUGCACAGGACCUUCGCCGAACACUUCCUCGCCAAGUUGUGCUUCGUCACAGAUAGAAAACAGUUUCGUGCGAGGGUGUACCGCAAGGCCUACGUGAACAAGAGACUGGAGUUCUUCCUCGAGUCUUUCGACCGGAGGGCAGCGAGGGGCCUGCCACUGUUGGAGGCGCUGCUGGAUGGCGACGAGCGCAAGAUGGCGGCGCUGCUGGCCGAGGGCGCCGACGUCGGGCAGGCAGACGCGUGCGGGCGCAGCGUGCUGCACCUGGCGGCGGCGCACCGCCUGCGCUGCCCCCUGCCCCUGCUGCGGCGGCUGUGCGCGCGUGCGGGGGCGGGCGCGCUGUCUGCGGCGGACCGGCUGCUCGGGUGGACGCCGAUGAGGUACGCCGCGGAGGGCGCUCGCUGGGCCGCCGUGAAAGCACUGCUGGAGGCGGGAGGUGACGUCACACAGCUGGGGGACUUCCGCUUGAGGCUGCACGAUCCCGCAGAGCUGCUGGGCGCCUUCGAACGGGGCGGGUACUGGGCCCUGUACGAACACAUCUUCUCGCUGAACAAUACGUCGUGGAGAGCCAAGGCAGCGUGGAAGGGCGUAGGUACUCAAAUGCAGUUUGCUCUGUCCGUGAUCUCUGCAAAAAUGCCAAAACAGUCGCUCAGAGUCAUUGCCGAAAAGGCCAGGGAGGAAGGACACCAUACAGUGCGCAGCAUGCUCUUACACGGGAAGAUCAGAACAGCAGGAAAAGGAAGGACUCUUUCGCAGAAGGGGAAGAAAGUGAAGCCCAAAUAUGUUCAUCCACAAUGGUCAAGGAUUCGUCCUCCAGCACAUGGACUUUUGUGGGGAGAGAGCCACAUACCUAGCUGUGCCACAGAGAUCCUGGACCUGGGCGCGGUGAUCCGCAAGACGGCCGCCUUCCUGGGCAAGGGCGUGACGGAGGAGCAGGUGGGGCAGCUGAGCUUCAGCAGUAUGAGGGACAACCCGGCCACCAACUACAGCGCCGUGGUCCAGAGGCUGAGGGCCGGCAUCGGUCUGCCGCCAGCGCCUCCCGACCAGGCCUUCAAGAGGGAGGGCGCAGUGCGCCGGGCCAGGCAGCGCAUGUCUCCGGAGGUGGACCGCCGCUUCGACCAGUGGAUCCGGGACAACAUUCGUGGCACCGGGUACGGUGGCCCCAUCUGA